AUGGACGACGUGGUCAAGUCGCUUCUCCGGUUCGUCACCCGCGGAUUCUACAGCGUCCCGUAUGUGCUCAUCAUGGAUGCUGUGAUCAAGCAUUCUGUUCUCUCUGAAGAUGACUUGAUCCAUCUUCUCAGCAUCAAGAGAAAGGAGCUUCGAUCGCUCUGCAACAAGUUGGUAGACGAUCGUCUUCUCGUAAACCACAUUCAGAAGGAAGAGAGCGGUCAGCCAAACGGUCAGCCGAACGGUCAGCCGAAGUUUGUCACUAGGACGUACUUCUUCAUACACGUGACGGAAGCCAUAGACUCCAUAAAAUGGAAGGUUCACUACAUCGUAAACCAGCUCAAACAGGAGAUGUCUCAUUUCGGGAAUCCCCAGGGUUACGCUUGCCCUCGAUGUGGUAAAAAAGUCAGUCAACUUGAUGCAAUUUCCUUGCUAAGCGAAGACAAGACUGAGUUCCUAUGUGACGUUUGCGGCGGAACUCUAGUUGAAGACGAUUCAAGUCAACAGGCAACACUCAGACAGGAGAAGUUGGAGAAGUUGAUGUUUCAAGUUGAUCCCAUCAUCAACUACUUGAAGAAGAUCGAUGAAUCUAACAUUCAGGACAACGACUUCGAGACGGCCUUGAUCCAGGCAAUCCCGGCACAAAGCACUUCCACAGCUUCUUAUACUAUAUCGAACCGUAUCAGCUCCAGGUCUCGUUCGAACAUGUCGUCGUCUUUGCAGAAUGCAGCUUCAAAGUCACAGGCUACAUUGCAUGUGUCUAUUACUGCCAAUGAUGAGAACUAUGAACGGGAACAGAUGGAGAAGGAGAGAAGAAGGCAGAAGUUGGAACAGAAUGCAUUACCAUCAUGGCAUUCUAAUUCAACAGUAGGAAAAAGUUCAUUAGGCAGAUUGGUAGACGAGGACGACUACAGUCGCGAGGGAACGCCGUCUGGUAUCAAACAGGAAAACGAAGAUAAUAUGGAUAUCGACACGACUAACAACUCUAUUGAGCCCAGCACCGGUCAGUCAUCAGUGGCACCUACUCCUGAGCCGAAAGCUGCUCUCUCAGAGAUCAAAGACAAGGAACAACAAGAUGCUUUGGCCGCUUAUUAUUCUCAAUUGGCGGAGCGUGAGGCUGAAGAAGACGAGGACGAUGACGACGAUGAUGAUGAAGACGAUUUCGAUGACUUGAUAUAGAUAGUUAUAUGUAUAUAAAAUGGAGAAAAGAAAAUUAAAAAUCAU